AUGACCAGCCCUCCAUCUCCUAAGCGCCAGCGCAUUGAAGAGCUCAGUCUUGACGUCAAGGUACAGAAAGUUCUCGAGGCAGUGAAAAAAGUGGAAGAGGAACUCGAACAAGUGAACGAGGAACAGGCAAAAGAGAUCCUUGUUAUUGAAAAUAAAUACAAUGCCAAGAAACGCCCAACGUAUGUCAAGCGUAAUAAAUUGUUGGCAGAUUUACCCCAUUUCUGGAAGCAAGCUUUUACAAACCACCCGCUCGUAGGCAAUUUUAUUCAAGAGGAUGAUGACAUGCUUCUUGACUUUUUGCAAUCGUUUGACGUCACAUUUGUGGGCGAUGAUGGAAGUUUCAAAAUGGAGUUGACUUUCCAGGAAAAUCCGUACUUUUCACCCAAUGUCUUGUGGAAGCAGGUGAAGUUCACCGAGGAUGGAGACGAAGUCGAGGUUACUGCGUCGGAAGUAACUUGGAAGGAAAAGGCUGAGGUAGUAGAGAACUCUCAGAAGUUUCCUUUUUUUCAGUGGUUCGUUUCGACGGAUGGUGAUCAGGACGUCGCCGAAAUUAUCAAGGAAGAGUUGUGGAAAAACCCUGUGUCGUAUUAUAUGAUGAAUGAGGACGAAGAAGAGGUUGAAGAAGACGAAGAAGAAGAAGAGGUGGAAGGGGAGGAUGAAGACGACGAUAAGGAUGAAGGAGAGAAAGACGAGGACGACGAGGACGAUGCGUAA